UAUAUGUUGUCGAUGUUUGGUACGAAUUUUGUGCAGCUUGAAACUUCAGUUUAAUACAGUUUUAUGUUCAAUCUAAACGUUGAGCAAAAUUGCAUUGUUCUAUAUAAUAAAGCUAAAACUAUUUAACAUUUGAAGGACUUUUGAGAUUUGACUCGUAAACCCAAAUGUUUUGCAAACCCAUUUAGCCCACGAAGGGCAAAUUUUAAUUGCAAUGAACGAUAAAGUUCAUCAAUAACCAAAAGUUAUUGAACAAAAGUUGCACCUUUCGAGUUUGCAUUUAUGAAUAGGAUUAUUUACUUGAAAAAUAUCAUUUAAACUUUGAUAUAAUCGGUUAACGCUAUGGAAGUUAAUACAACAGAUGAUAUUGAAAUUUUUCAAUCAAAUGGCGUAAACGAAGACUCCGAUUUCCAUGAUUUACGUAUCGAUUCUCGAAAUUCAAAUUCCGAUUUCCACGAUUCGUUCCACGAUUCCGGCUCUUUCAGUGCUGAUUACACAACAAAUGCUAUCGGAUUCGGUAACGAUUAUGCAGCACUGCAGUCUGGUUACGUAACUUUAGAGUCGGCUUCUCGUGCUGUCGAGCAAUUAGAUUCGGCGAAUGUCGACACGAAAGAUCUCCGGAAAAUUGUUCAACAACAGACUCAAAAUUUGGACCCCGAUACUGCAAAUUUACUUUCAAUGAUGUGUGUUGCAUUGGAAAAAGCGAAUGAUGAGAGAAAUAGCUUCGAACAGAUGUUGAGACAAAGACAUUCGGAAAGUUUGAGUCAGUUGUCUGAAAUCAAUCAGGAGGUUGAAGAGCAAAUUGGCCAAGAGCGCGAACGAUUGGAUCGCGACUUUAAAGAGCGACAGGAGCAGAUGCGCUCUCUGGUGCAGUCGGAGAUGAGUGAGCUGCAGUCCAGACUGGAUCUGCUGGAGAGUGAGAACAGCCAGCUAAAGUGCAAUCUGGAAGAAGUGGACAGGGCCAAGAAUGAACUCACAGAUGAGUACGAGGACCUCAAGCGCGACAACAGAUACUUGGAGGAGAGUCUGAGUGUGACAAAGGAUGAGUUACACAUGUCCAAGAAUGUGGCCAGUGCCAUCAAGGCCGAACAGAUGGAAGAGUUGAAGGAGAGGGAAAAGACAAUCGAGGAGUUCACCCAAGAAGCCGAAGAAGACAGAUCUUCACUUCUGGAACAAAUUCAGGAACUGGAACGAGAGAGAGCGAGAUUAAAAGAGGAAAGGGACGAACUGGAGGCAUUCAAGUCAUACUGGAUACAGUCUGGACCCCACAGAGGAGUGACAACUGUCCCCCAUGGUGUGGAUGAGAUGACACCUCCGGGGGGCAGUGCAAGUGGUGUGAUGGACGAGGGGGUGAUUGGGGGUGGAGGGGGUGGGAUUGAUAUUCAUGGCGUGGAGGGGAUAUUAUUACCAACAACGAGUCAAUCGGAAGAGGAUGAGUUUUGGGUUCUGGACCCGAAGAGCAAGCCGGCAGUGGACACUGAUGACACAUCACACUCAGACUCUUUUUCCAGAUCAAGGUCACGGGGGUCAAAGAGUUCGACAAUCAGUCUAGACUCAGUUGGGGGCAUCAGCCACGCAGUAAAUGAACAUAUCAGAGAGGCCGAAUCCACUACUAAUCUCUACACAAAUACACCCAAUGAGAAAGUGUUCAAAGUCGUGUUCUUGGGCGACACGUGUGUGGGUAAGACUUCCUUCAUCCAGCGAUUCCACUGCGAUCAGUUCCAAGACAGACUCCCCUCCACAGUGGGAAUUGACUUCCUGCUGAAGAGUGUCAUGGUCAGGAACACCCCCUGCACUCUGCAGCUGUGGGACACUUGUGGCCAGGAGAAGUUCAGGGCACUCACCAGGAACUACUUCAGAAAAGCGGACGGAGUGAUUCUGAUGUAUGACGUCACGAGGCCAGAGUCUUUCUACAGUCUGAAGACAUGGAUGGAGGACGUCACUGGAUUCGCCCCUGGAGACGUCUGCCUAAUGAUAGUGGGCAACAAGGCUGACCUCACACCUGACCAUUCCUCUUGCCAGCUGGAGCUAGAUGCUGAAUUAGUUAAAGCCACUCUCGGCAACCAAUCAGAUUUCUCCUUCACCGAAGUCAGCUCACGAAAUGGACAAAAUGUUACGCAAUGCAUGACGCAAUUCACGUCACGACUUAUCCUCAGAGAGGAGGACCGAAUUGCCUUUCCUGAGUCGACAUUCAAGAAGUUUUCCCAAAAUAAACCCGAUGUUGUGUCGCCCGGAAAAAAGAAAAAGUGUUGUAUAAAAAACUAGAUUUUUUGUCUAUUUUGAAUUUGUUUCAAAGAUUAAUGCUUUAGUUGUAGUUGGUCACAUUCCAAGAAAAUGAUAAAUUGA